GUUGUGGCCAAACACUACAAAAUGCAACCAUUGUAGAGAGAAACUAAUAAUUAAUUCUUCACUUCCCUUUCCAGAUCCCAAAUCAAAUCUGAGAAAUAUUUGAUGAUGGCAAACCAAUUGGAGAGCUUGGUACAGUCGAUAAAAUCGAAGGUUCGAGCUCUGAAGAAGAAAAAGAAGCCAUACGUGAAGAUGGACAAGAGCUCGAGUGUCAAGGUCGAGAUCCGUAGCAGGAAGGCUCGAAAGCUCAUCGACAAGACACUCAAGGUUGCUGAUCAACCUGGGAAGCGUAGCCUUUCUUAAUAUUCAUACCUUUGUAUAUGUGUUUUGAGUUUAAACUAUACAUAUUAAUUUGCAUGUUGUCUUGCUCUGUUUUUGUGGGUUUUAUCUUUGUUUCGUGA